AUGAAGGUCCUCAUUGCUGUAUUUAUAACCCUUGUGGCUGUUGUUCAUGGUGAGACACGUAGGAGGUUCUUAAAAACAAAAAUACUCCAUGAAAAAUAUGAUUUUGUUGAAAUUAAGGUCCUUGAUAUGUACAUUGAGAUCCUUGAUAUUUCCAUUGAGGUCCUUGAUAUUUCCAUUGAGGUCCUUGAUAUUUCCAUUGAGGCCCUUGAUAUUUCAAUUGUGGUCCUUUAUAUUUCCAUUGAGGUCCUUGAUAUUUCCAUUGAGGUCCUUGAUAUUUUCAUUGAGGUCCUUGAUAUUUCAAUUGAGGUCCUUGAUGUUUCCAUUGAGGUCCUUGAUAUGAGCCAAGUAGAGGCCCUGGGUUUACCUUUUCAGGGUGCUACCAUUGUAAAAAAAAUGCUUCUUUCUGAUUUUUGCUUGUGUUCAAUGGUGAAAAGGGUAUUUCUUUGUAUGCUGAAAUGUGGGUGGGUUGUUGGUGUUGUGUUCGUUUAUGGCCUCAAAUAUCAAGUAAGUUGGGUUGAGGAUGCAGCCACUGCAGUAUCUGGCGAGCGCCCAAUUAAGCUCUAUGAUGAUCAAGGUUAUGCUGCCCUCAGGAAGGCUCAGCGAGGCAAUGAGGACACGUCGACUGUGCAACCAAUUGCAACUAUUAAUCUUUAUCAUCCAGGUGCUUACAGAGGCCCGUGGGUGCAGUCCGAGACGAUGGCUAUCAUUGCUGCCAUCUUUGUAUACUAUUAUGCUCUUACACAGAAGACGAGGCUUAUGGCUUAGACUCUUCACAAUAAAAUGCUCAUUUGAGCACAAAGGUGUAAUAAAAGUGUUAAAACUUUGUACCAGUAGAGACGUGUGAAUGUGACUUGUUUGAAUAGAAACAGUUGUUUGUAAGAUGUUAAUAAACUCUUGUAAUAA